AAAAUUUUCCUAGCUCUUGCCGGUUUAUGUAAUUGCAUAUAAUAACAAUUUCAUCGCGUUAGAGCAUCUGACACAUUUUGGCUUGUAUUUUGGAUUUAGGUAUAUAGAGGGAGUGUAUAUAUGUCAACGAAACUAUGACUGUAAAGUUUCGCCGUAAAGGCAAAGCUAACUUCGUCUCUAAACUAACUCUUUGGUGGAUAGUUGAUAUAUUGUGGAGAGGAAACAAAAAUCCACUCAAUUUGAAAGAUCUUUAUCCUGUUGAUAAAGAAGACCGCGCCGAACAUCGUAGUGGUCGCUUAGAGAAAAUUUGGAGGGAUGAGAAAACAUUUGCAAAUCAAAAACAGAGAAAACCAAAACUUUGGAAAGCGAUGAUAAGAUAUAUAACGUGGAAAGAAUAUGGAGUUGUAUCAUUCUGGUGUUUCUCGGCUGUCUCAGGCGCUGUUUUCGUUCGGUAUUUUGUACUGAAACUAAUGGAGGCUAUGAAUGAUAAUAUGGCAAACGACAUGCGAUCAAAAUAUGCGUGUAUUGUUUACUUAUGGGGAAUGAUUAUAUCAUUAUUAGUUGAAAACUUCGGCGUACGACAUUUCAAUUUGAAUACAUCGUUACUAGGAAUCAAAUCCAGGGCGGCUGUUUUAGGCUUGAUUUAUCAAAAGGUGCUGAAAUGCAGCAAAACGACGUUAAACCCUGGGAAGGUGCUGGAAUUGAUUUGUAACGAUACGCAACGUUUAGUCUUAAUGGCAGACAGAUCUAUUCUAUUCCUGUUUCGUAAGUCAAUGUCGGCGUUUCUAUACACAGGCUGGCUUUUUUUAGUUCUUGGAUGGAAAAUAAUUCCUGGUCUUCUUGUCUCCAUAUUUCUUGCCAUAAUUCGCAUUUCAAUUGCGAAAAGCGAUGUGAAGUUGCGACAAAGUGCCUCCGAAGUUGGCGAAAUUCGUCUUAGUUACCUGCGAGAAUUCCUUACGAUCAUUCCUACUGUCAAGCUCAAUGGUUUAGAAUAUAUCUACCGGAGUAAGAUUCAAGCAACAAGAUGGGAGGAAAUCAAAUUCAAAGCAAAGCGAUGGACAAUUUUUUCCAUUUUUGUUUCCUUCAGUGUGUGCGGGCAGCUUCUUUCGACAUUCGUGACAAUCGUCAUUCUAAUAUUUACUGACACCACCAUGCUAACAUUUUCUUUUGUAUUCACGACAAUUUUACUAAGUCAGAGUAUAUGCAAUACAGUUCUUAUGCACAUUCCUGUUUCGAUUCAUUUUACAACGGACAUUCUCACUGCACUUUCUCGGAUACAGCAUUUCUUAGAACGCUCUGACGACCUCGAACCCAUAAUAAAUGUUAAUCGGUCCAACGAUAUUGCCCGUCCAGAACUUGAAGAAUCUUCAGCUAAAGAAAAACAGGCCUCGUUGAAAGCAUGCUGUACUCCUUACAUUUGGCUUGAAAAUUAUUCCCGUAAGGUCGCUCAUCAGGAUACACAUGGCCAGGAAAACGGCACAUUUCAGUUACAAAAUAUUUCCUUUAAAAUUGAAACCGAUGGAUUGGUUGUUAUCACCGGUUCGGUGGGUAGUGGAAAGUCUUCCCUCCUGAUAAGUAUUCUUGAUGGAGAUCUUGCUAUUAAAGAGGGAUCUUUAAAACAUUCAGGGAGCAUUGCUUAUGUUUCGGAUACGCCGUGGGCUUUUCCAGGCACUAUCCGGGAGAAUAUAUUAUUUGGCUCAGCUUUUAACGAGCAAUGGUACUUAGAAACCAUCAGAGCUUGUCAGUUGGAAAAGGAUUUUAGGACAUUUCCAGAACAGGACUUGUCACGUAUCGGAGAACACGGUGCAACAUUGAGUGGUGGACAGCGGACACGUAUCGCUUUGGCACGCGCUGUUUACUCGCGGGCAGAUAUAUAUCUACUUGAUGAUCCUCUCAGUUCUUUAGACCCAAAGGUCGCGGACUUUAUUUUCAAAACGGUUCUAAAAGGAUUGUUAUCUAAGCGGAUUGUGGUUAUGGUCUCACGCAAAUACUCAAAUGAAGCCGACUUCAUUGUGAAGUUAGACAAAGGAACGGUUGUUGCUCAGGGAACGGUGGAUGAGGUAAAUCAAAUACAGGGAAUAAAUACUACAAAUAAAGUAGAUCAGGUGGCAUUGCAGACGGAUGACGAAAGUCAACAUGUGGAAAGGCAUGAUGAUCUGGGAAAUGCUGAACAGUUGCGUGAGGCUAAAGAAGAUCGACAAAUUGGCAAUGUUUCCAUCAAGACUUACGCAAAGUAUUUUAUGCAUGGAGCCCCUGCGAUCUUUCUUGCACUAAUUUUAUUGCUAAUUGGAGCCGGGAAAGGUUUGACAACAUAUAUUGACUUUCGAGUUUCAUCAAUGCCGCUUUUAACGGGACAGAAAGACGAGUUACACAAAGCGUUUAUUUCGUACCCACUUUAUUUAAUUCCUGCAGUGUUUGUUACUAUGCUUUCGUAUUCUUGCAUUUGCCUUUUACCUAUUCGAGCAAGUUACAACAUCCACGGGAAGAUGAUAACGCGCCUUCUUCGAGCCCCUAUCCAUUUUUUCGCAGUGAACCCAGCUGGUCGAAUCCUCAACAGAUUCUCUCAGGACAUCAACAACUUAGAAGAUCUUCUGCCGUAUAAUAUGAUGUAUUUCUUCAAGACUAUGGCAUUAUCCUUGACAGCUAUCGUUCUGUGUGUUAUGACCAACAUUUCUCUAUUGUUACCUGUCCUCGUCACAAUAAUCAUGUGUUUCGCCGUGUCAAGGUUUUUCUUCAAACCAGUAAUGGACAUAAAACGUCUAAUGUCGGAAGCUAGCGGUCCAUUGUAUUCCCAUUUCUCGAACACUCUGGAGGGACUGAGGAUUAUUCGUGUACACAAUAGACAAAAGGAGUUUAUAAAGGUUUUGUUCAGUCUCACCGACCGUCACCAUCAAUGUAUGUUUGCAUACUACACGGCGGCGCGCUGGUUUGGACUUGUCAUGGAUUGUAUUCUCUUAAUCUUUUUGAUUGCGAUCGUGAUAACCGUGUUCGUUACAGUAAAGGAUUCGUCUACUCCAGUUAUUGCUUCUUUGGCCAUUAUGUAUUCAUUUCAAAGUUCCGCCUAUGCAGCAGCUGCGGUUCGAAGUGCUGUCGAAGUACAAUCGCAAAUGACAUCUGCUGAACGAAUCCUUGCUUAUACGGAAAUAAAGCCAGAAAAAGGAGAUGAAAUCCAAGAAGAACCACGUAAAGAGUGGCCAGAAUUUGGAAAAAUACAGUUCAAAGAUGUUUUUUUCCGUUAUUACGAAAAUGGGCCGGUAGUUUUGAAAGCUUUAUCGUUCCAGAUAAAUGGAUCGGAAAAGAUUGGUGUUGUGGGAAGGACAGGUGCUGGUAAAUCUUCUAUAGUCGCUGCCCUCAUGCGAAUUGGAGAAAUUGAAGGAAGUAUUUUUAUCGAUAAUGCUGACAUUGCUUAUUUCAAUCUACAAUCAACUCGAACACGCAUUUCUGUCGUUUCUCAGUCACCUGUGCUUUUUAACGGUACAAUCAGAGAGAACUUGGAUCCAACAGGUAAAUUCGACGACUCUGAAAUCUGGAAGGUUUUAAAUCAAAUGCAAUUGGGCAUUCUUGUUGAAAGUCUGCCAAACAAGUUGGACAACAUAUGCACUGGCAGUGGUUCGAAUUUUAGUAUUGGUCAACGACAGCUUUUGCAUCUUGCAAAAGUUUUAUUACAACGAAAUAGCAUUAUCGUUUUUGAUGAAGCCUCUGGAAAAGUUGACAAGAAAACUGCUGAACAAAUUUAUGAAGUUAUUUUUAACAUGUUUAAAGGUUGCACAAUGAUAAUCAUCUCGCAUCGAAUGGCUACAGUAAAGAAGUGUGAUAGAGUUAUGGUUUUAGAUCAUGGCGCUAUUGUUGAGUUUGAUAAGCCGAACGUUCUGCUCGAUAAGAACGGAUUCUUUGCAGAACUCGCUAGAAUUAGUGAAGAAAAGUCAAACGAAAAUGUGACGAAGAUUGAUCAAUGAAUAAGUCUAAUGAAGAUAUGACGAAGAUGGAUCAAUGAAUUAUUCUGUGCAUCUCAAUGCACCACACGAGAUGCAUCACACUCGCUGUUUAAUAAAAGUAUGGCAGUGUGUCUCCCAGAACGAUUUUAUUUGAUCUUUGUGCAUUUUUUGAAUUCUUAACUGUAUAGAUGCAGGAAGGAAUAGUUACCAAGAGCCAGUGAUCAGCAUAACUUAAAUCUAUCGAUUUUAGUGAGGUCUAUUUCUAAGAAUCUCAUCAUCAGCGGUAGAGAAAGCUUCAUAAAGGUAGAAAACAUUGCUUCCUUGUAUAUAUCUAGACAAUUUGAAAAGUGAAUGAAUGCAUUCCAAGUUCUUGCAUAAGAACGUGAAUAUUAGUCUAUAUAGUAACCUCUCCAUUUGCUACCAACUUUCGUAAAUAUGCUGUCCUCAAUUUAUCAGGAAAUGUUUAUUGAGCUCGUAGAUGAGUCACUUAAAACUUCGUUUUGGAUGUUAUCCGCACCUUGAUUGCCCUAGUCAUUAAGUGCGGCAGUGUCGUCCAUAUAGCGCUAAAUUUGAAUAUAUAUGAAUGUUUUCAAAUUGCUAAAGA